GGAAAAGUCUUGGACUUAUGACCUAGACACUAUCAUAUUAUACUCUUUGACCAAAUCUCCAAUUCUCGCCAUGCAGACCGCUGUCGCAUCCCCAAUCGCAUUAGUGUCAUCGGCAGAUUCGAGUGCGAAGACGACGAAAAAAUCACACAUACAUCCUCUCACAUCUCUGUUCGCUGGCGCUGUAGCAGGAGGUGUAGAAGCAACCAUUACAUACCCUUUCGAGUACGCCAAAACAAGUACACAGCUGAGGUCUCAGGGAGGUCAAAGUAGCACUAUCCAAGCACUUCGAAGUGUAGUGGCGACUCAGGGUCUCUCAGGAAUCUACACUGGCUGCAGUGCUCUGGUCGUCGGUACUGCGCUUAAAGCCGGCGUUCGCUUUCUAGCAUUCGACACCAUCAAAGCGAGACUUGUGAAUGAGCGUGGUCAACUGUCCACAUCCGCAGGAAUUCUAGCUGGAAGCAUAGCAGGAGCGGUCGAAAGUGUGUUGGCCGUGACACCGACUGAGCGAAUCAAGACUGCGCUCAUUGAUGAUGGCAAGGGCGCUAAACGCUUCCAAUCCACUCCCCAUGCAGUCGGCAUCCUGAUACGUGAGCAAGGCAUCGCGGGAUUAUACCGAGGACUGGUAAGCACGACUAUCAAGCAGUCGGCUACCUCAGCAGUAAGAAUGGGAUCUUACAAUUCACUCAAGACUCAGUACGCGAGCUAUGUCGGACAUGCGCCAAAGACGACACCCGAGACUUUCGCCAUCGGUGCAUGUGCCGGGCUAAUCACGGUAUACGCGACUCAACCUUUCGACACAAUCAAGACUCGUACGCAAAGCAGUCAAGGCGAGACGCUAUUCAAAGCUGUACGAGGCGUCUGGACCGAUGGCGGCGUUCGGGGAUUCUGGAAAGGAAGCGGGCCCAGAUUGGGCAGACUCCUGCUCUCAGGUGGUAUUGUCUUCUCAGUUUACGAGAGAAUCUUGAGCUUUUUCUGAGCCAUUUUUGUGGUUGUUACAGUUUUGUACCAUAGAUAGCGCUUGUCGUAACGCAUGACUGAAUCGUGUUUGUCAGCUGAUCUGACAAUCAUGUGUUUGUAGCCAUGUGUUGUGGCCAGGGCCUUCGCUGGUUAUCUCUCGCCACCACUUGACAGCUGCCUUAACCAUGGCUGAGAUGAUCUUGACGUGAGAUAGAAAUAGCUAUGUAAAGAGUGUGUCGAUAAUCGAGUGCAAGCAGGGCCCUCUUCGUGCGCUAGACUCUAACCAUUGAGAGUGAAUGAGUGUGACAGAGCAGAGCGUGUAGCAACGCAUAGUGAUAUCUUUAUUAUCGAAACACCUAAGAUAAGGAGUGAUUGAAACGAAGUACCUUGUUG